AUGGCGUCUAUACUACCCAAUGGACCAGGCUUUGUCUGCAAUGCAUGCCGAGCAGCCCACAGAAUUCCACCGUCGAGCCGAUCGUUCUCGAAGCCGAUUACCGUUGCAGUGCGUAGCAGGACAGCAAGGAGACCAUGGACCGAGCGAGAUGUGCGGGGGUCAGUUCAGCGGCGCGUGGCAAAUCGAGGAUUCUCAACGACAUCUAGUACGCGCGCAGACCGGAACGAGACUCUUGCAGCUAGGAACGCCCCAAAACCACAACCGCAACCACCACUCAAUCCUGCCCACGAGCUCGCUGAGCUACAGAAAGCCGCUGCAAGCAUAAUCGACAGCAACGAACAUGCCAGCGAAAAGGAUGUGACUACUCUACUCAGACGAGCGGAUCAGUACGCAAGAUAUUUGAUCUACACGGAGGAUGGAAGCGACGCCAGUGAAGUGGUCGAACAGCAGUCCUCAUCUGCGGUCAAGACACCCAGUCAGCUUGCACGGCAAGCUUCUUCAUCCAUCCUUGAGGACCUUGACGAGGACGACGCGCUGCGCAAGGCAGCGAAAGGAGCAGUCACAGCUCACGACGCCGAGUUCUCUCUCAAAUUCCGCCGCGAAGCAGUCUCAACUCUAGCCGAAACACUCUACAACCUCCUCCGCGCCCCAAAUGUCACUAUAACCCGUUCCGCCCUGCGCGCCUACACCUUAACACAAUGUCUCCUCGGCAAGCCCGAAUACCUCCCCGAGAUCUUCGACCUCUUCGUGUUCAAGACCCCUCCCCGCUUCACCUGGCUUCCCUCCGGCGCGAUCCCCAAAGACCUAGCCGACAUCGCCCUCGCCGCCGCCAUCCACAAGCGGGAUAUGGGCCUCGCAGUCGCAAUCACCGAUACCACAGUCGGGACUUCAGCCUACUGGACACAACGCUUUAUCGACAAAGCCUUGCCCAAACUGCUCGCCAUUACGGUCUUUCCCUUCACAGUCAACACCGCCGCCAAUUGGGCGUCCACCUACCAGAACACCUUCGAGGUCUCAGAGGCCAAGAAUAUGGCGCUGGCGGCUGGUUUUGCGUACAUAGGGACAUUCGGCACGGUCGCAUACGUCGCGGUAACGACGUGGAGUGAUCAUCAUGACCGGGUGCAUUGGCAGUCUGGCGCGGGGCUGACUCAGAGGUGGUUGAGGGAAGAUGAGCGGGCAUUUCUGGAUAAGAUCGCGCAGAGCUGGGGUUUUGGGGAUAAGAAGAUGCAUGGGUUGGAGAGCGGGCCGGAGUGGGAUGCUCUGAGGGAUACGAUCGGGGUGAGGGUCAUGGUGCUGGAUAAGACGGAAUUUAUGCCAGGUUUCAAUUAG